AUGCCGCCCAAGAAGACGGCCUCCACUCCGGCGGACAGCGAGCCGUCGGCGCGCCGCUCCUCGGCGCGCAUCGCCUCGCAGCCCGAGAAGCCGGCGCCGGCGCCUGCUGCGCCCAAGCAGAAGCGUGCGCCCGCCGACGGCGCCGCCAAGACGGCCGGCGCCGACAAGAAGGCCAAGAAGGACGCGGCGGCCGAGGCGCCCGCUGCUGAGGCGGCUGCUGAGGCGCCUGCGGCGGAGGAGAAGACGGAGGAGAAGGAGAAGCCGGCGAGCAAGCCGGCGAGCAAGGCCAGCAAGCCGGCCAGCAAGGCGAGCAAGCCUGCCAGUGCGGCAGCCAGCAAGCCGGCGAGCAAGGGUGCCGCCGAGAAGCCGGCAAGCAAGCCGGCGAGCAAGCCUGCUAGCAAGGCGGGCGCUGCGGCAACGGAGGAGAAGGCGGCGAGCAAGCCGGCCAGCAAGGCGGCCGGCUCGAAGCCCGCCAGCAAGGCGCCCAGCUCCAAGGCUGCGUCUGCGGGCGGCGCGGGCAAGCUGAGCGUCGGCGAGCCGCUGCCGAAGAUGGCGCUCAACGACGAGCAGGGCCACACGGUCAACGUCGGCGCGCUGCGCAAGGCCGUCAUCUUCACCUAUCCCAAGGCGAACACUCCGGGCUGCACGACGCAGGCCUGCUCCUUCCGCGACGACUACCAGAAGUUCACGGCGCUCGGCUUCGAGGUGUACGGCCUGUCCAACGACAACGAGACGCCGCUGAAGAACUGGAAGGAGAAGAACAGCUUUCCCUACUCGCUGCUCUCGGACCCGAAGCGCGAGCUCAUCGGCGCUCUGACGGGCAACAAGUCGUCGACCACGCGCAGCCACUUCGUCAUCGAUGCCGAGGGCCUGCUCGCCGACAGCAGUGUGGGCGUCAAGCCGGCGGACAGUGCGCCGGCGUCGUACAAGGUGGCCGAGGGGCUCAAGUAG